AGAGCAUUUUCCAGCACUCCAAUUGCAUUCAAAACCAACACAUCCACCAGAACAAAAGAAAAUGUGGAAGAUUUGGAAACCUUCUUCAAGUUAAUCGGUAGAAGCACCGUGGAACACCUCGACACUUUCGAAGGUGACUUACAAAAGUUUCUCGGUACUUCAUCUAAGCAAAUGAAAGAUUUGGGUAUAGACGUUUCGACCAGAAGAUAUAUGUUGAGGUGGAUCCACAAGUUUCAAAAUGAUUUGGAACCAUUAAGAGAGCACAAGAGAGGUAAGAAGAAGAAUGGUGGUGAAAGAAACGCCAAAACCGUCUUGGCCAAGAGAAAGGCCUUACAAAAGUUGGAAGAAAAGGAGAAAUUCAAGCAAGAAGAGUUGGAUGCUGAAAAUAGAGGUGAAAGAGAGUUCUAG